GCGGCGAACCCCUCGCCACUUGAUACCAAAUACAAAAAGGUCUCCCUCUCUCUUCUCUCUCAGAGGCGCGCGCGCACACAAUGGGAAAAACUAUGAAAGUGCUGUUUCUCUUGCCAAUUUUGGCAAACAGGGAUUCGCUAGAGAUAUUUUAAGACGUUAUUUUAGAUAUUUUAAGAUGUUGGUUUCUGUAAAAUAGUGUGGGGUGAAGUGUUGUUACUGCUAUUUGUCUAUAUUUGUGGAAGAAUUUUCAUCUUGGGUUUUGCUUGAACUUGUUCAAGAUUUGUUUAUGAGAUCUGAUCUUGAUGAUUUUGUUGGUGGUAGGGAGAUUGAAGGAGGUGGGGAAUGGAUUUCAAGAGUCUCGGAGGCGGAGGAGGAGGGGAGGGUGGGGAGCCACCGGUCCCGCCGCCGCUGGCGCGACAGGGGUCGGUCUACUCGCUUACGAUGGACGAGUUCCAGAGCACGCUGGGAGGGAUCGGGAAGGACUUCGGGUCGAUGAACAUGGACGAGUUGCUUAGGAACAUAUGGACGGCCGAGGAGAGCUACGCCAUGACCGCCGCCCGUGGCGAUGGCAGCGGUCCCGGCUCCGGCCUCCAGCGGCAGGGUUCGCUCACCUUGCCCAGAACCCUCAGCCAGAAGACGGUCGACGAGGUCUGGCGGGACCUCGUAGGCCACUCCUCCUCCUGCAGCCAGGUGCCGGCCGUCCGCGGCUUGGAUGUCCCGCGGCAGUCCACCCUCAGGGAGAUGACCCUCGAGGAGUUCUUGGUGCGGGCCGGAGUGGUGAGGGAGGACAUGGCUCCGCCGCAGGCGCCUUCGAGGCCGACCAACAAUACAAGUAACGACACCAGCGUCUUUUAUGGCGAUUUGCCGGCCGUCAACAGUUCUGCUGGACUUGAUCUCGGAUUCAGUCAGGCGCCGGCUGGAAGUACCGGAAACAUUGUGGACGCUCCAAUUCCUCACGGUUCAGCUGCCAAUUUGGGGAUGACGGUCACUGCCGCCAGACUUUAUGCGCCUCCCAUGACCUUGGGAAAUGGCGUGGACUUGGCGAAUCCACAAGGGAUGACAGGCGGAGGGCUUGUUGGUUUUGGCCAUGCUGAUGUGAGGAACGGAUUGACAACGGGGAUCCUUGGUCUGGGCGCAGCUGGAGUUUUGGCGGCAUCAGGCUCCCCUGCAGACCAUCUGUCUUCGGAUAGGCUUGGGAAAGGCAACGGGGAUCUGUCUUCUGUGUCGCCCGUUCCGUACGUGUUCAGUGGUGGGAUGAGGGGACGGAAAGGCAAUGGAGCUCUCGAGAAAGUUGUGGAGAGGAGGCAGAGAAGGAUGAUAAAAAACAGGGAGUCUGCUGCUAGAUCGCGUGCCCGAAAGCAGGCUUAUACUAUGGAGCUGGAAGCUGAGGUAGCAAAACUUAAAGAACAAAAUCAAGAAUUGCAGGAGAAACAGAAAUGAUGGAGAUGCAGAAAAAUCAGGUCUUGCAGAUGAUCAAUCAGCAGCAUGGACCAAAGAAGAAGUGCUUGAGGAGGACACAAACAGGUCCAUGGUAAAGGGAGGCCUCGACAACCAGAAUAUCUUGUAUUUUAGCUUGUAGAGCAGUUGUGUAUAUGGCAGGGUAUUUCAUCAUUUGCUGUAGAAUCAAAAUAAUAUUGUAGAAUUAGCUUUUCGUCUUUCUUGUUUUGCUCUUCUCAUAGUGAUCUUUUAUUCUUGCA